CAGGUGUAAAUAUAAGUUAGCUCUCGACAUUGCAUGCGCGAUCAAUACAGUGGUAUUUGAUUGUCGAAUCAAUUUUUGACAAUGAAAUAAUAUUUGCAGAAUGUAUUUUGCUGUCAAUAUUUCACAUUGACUACAGAGUGUUAUUGAUAUAAACGGACAUGCCAAAGCGAAAGAAAGGAACUGCAGGCUUUGUCCACAACGUGGAGGACGACCUUUACUAUCCGGGUACAAUCGAAGGAACGUUCAAAUCUAAGGACAAUAAAACUUCUUAUAACGUACGCUUAGAUGGGGCUGGUCAGGUUAGGAGCGAUAAUGUGGAGUCUUCAGGCUGGGCGAAGUCACGGCGACAGCUUAAGCCUGGUGACAGAGUUUUAGUAGACCCGGACGAAGAAUUGCGAAACCACGUUGAAGUUGGAUCUGGAACGCAUAGAACCUCAGUUCAUGUUUCAACAGAACAAAUCAUAGAGGCAGACCAAACGAAUGCUACACCUAUAACACCAACAGAAGCCACUGACUCUCAACAAGAAAGACCUCAGACGAAAAACUAUAAAAUACAGACAUCUGAGCCAGUUUCAGGUGUUGUAAUUGCCCGUUGGCGAGAGGACGGUUGGUUUUACUUUGGAAAGGUUGUGUCGAGCGAGAAUGACGAGUUUUGGAUUGAAGAUGGGUUAGGACGCAAGGAGCAGAUUCAUAAAUCCGACAUUUUUACAGAAACGGACCAAAGGUUUUUGAAUCUACAACCACUUGACAAGGUUGUUGCCCCACAUCCAAAGUAUAUAUUCAGCUAUGCUCCUGCAGAAGUUACAGCUGUUUAUAGAUCUAAAGGAGCCGAUUUACAAUUCUUUGAUAACACAACAGGAUCUUUUCCAUGGAGCGAAAUGUUCAAAAUAUCUCAGCAAAAAUAUACAGAUUACGUUCACCACAUUAAACAGAAAGGAUAG